AUGUUCAACGAUCGCCUCGCUGCGGCAAACAGAUUAUCAAAGGUAGCACAUCAAUUUUACUUCUUUCAAUCAUUUCUUGGUAUUCACAACACUUGUGCUCAACAACCACACUACUAUUUUCAUCAUCAUGCUCACACCAAGCAUCUUGAUCCAUCCAUCACAAAGCUGGUUAAAGAUUUUAUUCUAGACAAGAAUGAUUUCUUGCAGAAACACAUUCAAACUCAUGGCUCACUUCAACACAUGCCUCUACUGUUUCAGUCCGAUAAGAAGAUGGUGUUGGAAGCUGUGAAAAAGAAUGGAUGUGCCUUGGAGUUUGCUUCUGAAGAACUUCGAAAUGAUUUACAAGUGGUUCUGACUGCCAUUCGACAAAAUGGCAUGUCUAUUCAAUAUGCCAGUAAGAGUUUGCGAUUAGACAAGGAUCUUGUCAUUGAAGCUUUGAAAACAGCACCACAAGUAAUUACUAUUCUUAUUCCCGAGUUGGUACAAUUUUAUAGCAACCACACGAGUAAGGAAUCACUGAGCUCCAUUCUUGAAUUGUUCAUUGUACAUGAACCUAAAGUAUUCAAGUUUCUACCUUCUCAUUUACAUGAUCUUAUUGAACCAAGUCGAGUACUUGUUCGAAAUGGAAUGCUGUUGAAAUAUUUCCCAAGACAUGUAAAAAAAAAUUAUGCACACGUGAUGGAAGCUGUCAGUAAUCAUGGACUUGCUCUCAAAUUUGCUAGUCAAAAGUUGAGAAAUACUGAAAACGUCAUUUUAGCAGCAAUUGUGAAUCAUGAUGCAGCUCUACAAUAUGCUUCUGAUAAAUUCAAGUCGAAUGAGGAAUUUAUUUUGUAUACCAUGGGAUUCACACGUGGACGAACAUUUAUUCAUGCAUCUGAGGAUUUGAAAAAGAAUAUAUCUGUGAUCAAUCAAGCAUUAAGUUAUGAUGGAAUGCUGCUGCAAUACGUUCCAGAUAAGAGUGAUCUCUCAAUAAGGGAUCGAGAGAUUAUUUCAGCAGCCAUUCAAGCUUGUGAUUCUUUUGAAACUUUACAAGAAAUUAUUUCACUUGUCACUGUGAAAAAUCCUUCCCUGAUUUGGAAUGAUCAAGAUCUUCAAAUGGAUAUUCUUAUGAAAGCAGUUGAACAUAUUAGUUCAUCAAACAUCGAUUUAUUCAAUGAGUUGAGUAAGAAUGAAGCAUUUCUUCAAAAAGCCAUUGAAAAAGAUUCCAAAUGGUUAGCAUGGUAUGAUAUGAACUCCAUGUCAAGAGAGCAAUUGAAAGAAAUGAUUUCUAAAUAUGGAUUGAAAGAAUUUUCUGAAAAAUAUAUCAAUUACACCUCUGACUAUGAUCUUGUCAUGCAUGCAAUCACUACCAAUGGUGGACAUAAUCUUCAAUAUGCUUCUGAAUCACUUCGAUCCAAUUUGGAAAUUGUUAAUGCUGCCAUUGAAAACGAUGCAAGCACCAUUCGAUUUUGUGGUAAAACCAUUUUAGGGAACAACGAAAUCAUGAAAAGGGUCAUUGAGAAAGAGCCACAAUACUUUAUCUAUGGAGACGCUACUCAAUUAUUAUCCAAUAAGGAAAUGGUACUUUUCAUUUUGCAAGAAUUUAAAGCCAAAAAAUACCACCCAACGAUGGACUCGGUCUUGAUCAAACUGUUAGAAGGACUCUCUGAAGAAUUGCGCAAUGAUGAAGACGUUGCCACUCUCUGUGCAGAUAUUCGUAGCGGUUUAAGCUUGCAUUAUUUUUCACCUCAUAUUCGAAGUAAUUUGCAUGUCAUGUCACAUGCCAUUGCCAAUGAUCCCUUCUCGGUUCAAUUCAUUCCAGAAAAUUCCGAAUUGAGAAAUAAUUUUGAAUUCAUGAUGCGUGUCGUUUCCUUGUCCGGACAAUUGCUCUGUUAUGCCAGUAAGGAGCUCCAAGAUCAUGCAGAACUCGUUUUCCAAGCUUGUAAAUCUUGUUCCAAUGCUUUAGAAUUUGCUUCUCUUCGCUUACGAAAUGAUUUCAAUUUAGUAUUGAAAGUCGUUCAAUUAGAGUGCAAUACAUUUAAUUCUGUGUUGGCAUUUGCUUCUAAGGAACUCCAAAAUAAUAAGGAAAUUGUGUUGAAUGCCAUUCAAAGAAAUCCUCGUGCUUACUUGGAGGCAUCAGAGAAACUUCAAGCAGAUGAGCAAGUGGCUAUGGAAACUGUUUCCCAAAAUGGUAUAUUCUUGUACUUUAUGCCCGAGUCCAUUCGAAAUAAUCUUGAGGUUGUUUUGAGAGCAGUUGAAAAUGAUCCUUGGAGUUAUGCUUUUGUGACAAGUGACAGUAUACGAAAUCAUGAACAAGUCAUAAAGAUUGUAGGACUCGAAUUGAUUGAGAAGAUUGAUCGAUACGACCAAGAUGAAGUAUUUAGAAUGCGCUAUCUAGCCCUCUACGAUUAA